GCCACAGUUGACAACACAACACGUACACGAGCAGGACAGCACUACGUGCAUCCACCACCAUUCUGCUCCUCUGUUAUUUUAUUUUUGAUUUGACUAUUGUGCGGACGACGGAGGUUUUUGACAGAACGCGAAUUGUGUGUGAAAAGUGUUUGUGAACGUUCGCCGCGGAAAAUGCCCGGAAUGGCAUCAAUGUCGCGGCUCCUGCUCGCUUUCGUGGUCCUCAAGCUGAGCUCGUUGGGUGAUUCGACUCAUAUUACGGGCACCUUUCGCACGGACGAAUUUUUCAAGUUUAUCGUGAAAUUUGGUUUCCAGAAGACAGAACGGCACUCGCAACGCGACUCCUUCGGCUACAUUUACGGUAACAUUACGUCGCAGGAUGCGUUUCAAGUGCCCAUCACGUUCGCGGUGCUGGACAAGGCCAGCCUCCUGGAGUUCUACGGGAACCAGUCGUAUCCCAACAGGGACAUGGCCUGCCAGCGGAUGUUCGCACGUGUCGGACAGUAUGCCUACGAUAGCGUCUGCAAUACCCACGCCAAGGCGGAUUACUUGCGGAGGAUACCCUGUGCCCGGGGCAAGCUGUGCGAGGAUGAGGAUUCCCCGGGGAACGUUGUGCCCGGAAACCAAUUCACUUAUGUCAUAAGUGAUCUGUUCCAGCCCAGAUUCUGGUACGUUUCAAUUGUGGCUUGCUAUCGAAAUACGACAACGUGUAAAUGGCACUACUAUGACUAUACAAAGCAUCCAACCAAUAAAAUCGCACAAAGUCGCACCCUCGGCCAUCCACCACAAAUCCAUUAUGACUUUCGUUUAGUCAAUGGCAAUCCAAAUCAAUCUUCAUCCAAUCCCCUGACAUUCCAUUUUUCCUUUGAUCAACAGUAUAUCCUGGAAAUGUUCCUGGUCUUUCUCCUCAUCUACAUCAUUCUCGUUCCCAUGCAAAUCUAUGCUGUACGCAUCCAAAAACAUCCUGUGACAAAACUAUUCACACUCAGUCUGAUUACUGAGUUUGUUAGCUUAGCAUUGAUUACAGCGCAUCUAAUCAACUUUGCGAUAAAUGGAGUUGGUUACCCCAAUUUACAAACGACUGGUGAUAUUUUAGAUAUUUUAAGUCGGACGUCUUUCAUGCUAAUCUUACUACUAUUGGCAAAAGGCUGGGCCGUCACUAGACAACAAAUUAGUAAAUCCGGUUGGAUUAUUUUAAUGACGAUAUGGAUUCCAUAUUGUGGCUUUCAUGUGUUCCUAUAUAUUUGGAAUAGGACGGAAGUUGAUGUCAUUUCGGACACAGACGAGUAUCAAACUUGGCCUGGAUGGAUAGUCUUAGGUUGUAGGACUGCUUUCAUGAUGUGGUUUCUAUGGGAGCUACGCAACACCAUGAAAUACGAACAUUCAACGAAAAAACUAGACUUUCUAUUGCAUUUCGGAGCGUCUAGCUUAGUGUGGUUCAUUUAUUUACCAAUUGUGGCAAUAGUAGCGUUGCAGGUUAGCCCAAUGUGGCGAUAUAAACUUCUGCUAGGAAUAACGAAUUCUGCCGAUUGCCUAGCGUACUGCGUUAUGACAGGACUACUCUGGCCUAAUCGUGCUGGCCAAUAUUUGCUUUUAGCAGGAACUAGUUAUACAGGAAUGGAUGAAUUAGACGAGUUCAGUGAAGCUCCACAUAUUGUCAACGGAGACACGUUCAUCAAUGAUCGUUUGCCUCCCACAAUGUUGGACGAUCGUCACAUCAACGGGCGAGCACACGAUGCACUCUCGUUGAACGGUGGCGUCUAUGACAGCAGCGGUAAUCUUAUAAACGGUGACGUUACAACAGAUUUGCUGGACGGCGACGACUUAGAUACGAAUCUUUUAACCGAUUUAAAUAAGAACAGUCAUAUAAUUGCGUAAAAGUCAAUCGUAAGAGAAAUUAACAUUUUUUCUAGUUCUAAUUCUACUCAAAAGUGUGAUGUAUAGACUUAUAUAUUGUAUAGUUUUUAAUUUCUAUUGUAUUUUCGUAAAUUGUAUUAUAAGUCCGUACGAUAUUAAGUUUUAGGAGAGAAUUUUUCUAGGUAUUGAAGUUUAGUGAAUAGUCAACAAAUGGAAACAAGAUAAUUGGUCUAUUAUGAGUGAGAGUGCGCUUGAGCACUGCAUAUUGGCAAGUUAGGGAACUUACUACGUAUGAGGCUUACUCUGCUGACAUUUCACGUUUAGCAGAAGCAAAAUGAAAUUAUUGAAAUAUGAAAAUUGUGCCAUUUAGAAGUGAAUAUAUUUGCAAUUUCUAUUGAAAGCGUGUAUUCCAAUGAAAUGUAGUCUUAGAUCUGCAAACGCUGAAAAAACAGAAAAUGAGUAAUUGUACUGCAUCGAAAAAAAAAACGCCCCAGAUCGUAAUUGAGAUCAACAUUUUGAAGUGGUAGUAAAGGAAAAUAACGAUUACAAUCUUUACAAAUCGCGGUGAAAAGUAUAUUUCAAUGUUUUCUAAAUUCCCAAAGUUGUGACAACGCUUCCAAGAUGGCAAAGUACUAAUUUAAAGUUGAGUCUGCGUGUGAUUUCAAUGGUUUUUUUUAUGGCUAGAAACUGUAGUUUACAGUCUACUUAAUAUUGCACAACAUGCAGAAUUUGUGUGAUAUAUUCUACAAACGAAAAACAAUUUGCUUAUAUUUAGAUGAGAGGAUAAAUUUGGAAAUAUAAACGAGUCAGGCUGUCAUGAAAAUAGAUGUUACUAUAUUCUAAAUAACGAUAUAAAAUUAAGAUAAAUCAACAAUUGCAAAAUGUUUAUAUCCAUUAAUUUUCAAAAUUA